UCUUAGUUAGACGAAACAGACCACACAUUUGCAAUAGAAGUACCGUAACCGUUUAGUUCAAACGCUGUUUUCUACGGUCCUGCGACUUUCUACUUUUGCCAGCCUGUGCGUGACCUUUUGACGCCAGGUGCGUCGCAGAGGACGAGGCGGUCUGGAUACGGCGACCCGCCGCUCGGACGUCCAAGGUGAUAGAAGUCAACUAAUACUCUACUUCAGGGCUAUUGUAUUCUUCCCAGAAAGAAUAGGAGUCUGCUUGUGCCAUGCGCUAAUACAGAGGGUUUGUGAAGCCAUUUUCAGCAGAGACAGUGGGAGACACAGCGCCUGCUACCCUGUGUGUUGAGACACUAACUAUCAGGAUAACAACAGAGGAAGGAAUAUCAGCAGGAAGAGGAACACAAAACAGACAGUGACUGUCCUUCCAGGAUGAACGGCUACGCCCCACCCUCGUUCCCCCAGGGAGGGUUCGACUCAUACACCUCACAACUCAAUGGUCAUGGUUCCCAGUCCACAGAGCCUCCAGAUUGCAACGCCAGGUCCAUCUCUAAAGCCCUUUACGGAACAGAUGGAAUAUACUUCCUCCACACGUCAGCCAAACAUAAAAAGAAAGAACAACGGAAGAACUACACCAAAAACAGCAUCAACAGCAUGACGAACACCUCGCAGUACCAUGUUGAGCACCUGACCACAUUUGUUCUGGACAGGAAGGAAGCCAUGAUCAACACUGAGGACGGAAUCAGGAAGCUCCGCCUGCUGGAUGCCAAGGGGAAGAUAUGGACCCAGGACAUGUUGCUGCAGGUGGAGGAGAAGACAGUCAGCCUCAUCGACCCAGAGACCAAGAAUGAGUUGGAGAACUUUCCCUUGGGGACCAUCAUGCACUGCCAGGCAGUGAUGUCAUCCUGCAACUACGACUCCAUCUUGGCUCUGGUGUGUAAGGAGCCGGGCCAGGGCAAACCAGACCUGCACCUGUUCCAGUGUGACGACAUCAAGGCCAACCUGAUCCAGGCUGAUAUAGAGGGGGCCAUGAUGGAUCAGAAGGGAGGCAAGGUGAAGAAGAGGCCCGAAACACUAAGGAUGAUUCUGAAGAGUGACGGGGUCAUCCCGCCGCCCCCCGCGGCGCCCGCCCCCGAGCCCCCCGCCACCCUCACCCAGCUGGACGUGAGGAGUCGUGUGGCAGCCUGGUCGGCCUGGGCGGCGGAGCAGCAGGACUAUGAUAAACAGCCUCAGUAUUCUGACCAGAAUGAACCUUCGGAGAUGAUGGCUACCAGAGUGGAUCGAGACGUGCAAAUCCUGAACCACAUUCUGGACCACAUCGAGUUCUUCGUGACCAAACUGCAGAAAGCGGCUGAGGCCUUCAACGAGCUCUCUAAGAGGAAGAAAUCUAAAAAGAACAAGAAGAAGGGACCCGGAGAGGGAGUGCUAACACUGCGAGCCAAGCCUCCCACUCAGGAGGAGUUUGUUGACUGUUUCCAGAAGUUCAAACAUGCCUUCAACCUGCUGGGGAAGUUGAAGUCCCACAUCCAGAACCCCAGCGCUGAUGAUCUGGUCCACUUCCUGUUCACACCACUCAGGAUGGUGAUCCAGACCUCUGGAGGGACAGAGCUGGCUAAGAGCGUGGUGGUUCCUCUGUUGACCAUAGAGGCUAUAGACUUCCUGCACUCAGCUGGGACGGCCGAGGAAAGACACCUGUGGGUUGCCCUGGGGGAGGGGUGGACCAAGUGCAGGUUGGAGUGGCCUAAGGACCACUACUUCCCUCCGUGUACGCUGCAGUUCCGUGAUGGUUGGGAACCUCCUAUGAUGCCGUUCGUCCCCCAAUCACGAGAGGCAGAGCUGAAUCAGCUGACCCAGACCCUCUCCCACUCUGAGGUCCUUAGACAGGAGGAGAUGGUUCACAGGCUGUCUACUGAGCAUCCAGGUGUACAGGACUUCCAGUCUUCACAAGGGUAUGCAUUGGACAACAAGGCCUACAAACGCAUGCACCUCUCGGACCAGGGCAUGGCCGUGCAGGCCUUCAACCAGGCCGUCUCACGACACGUAGACCGGAACUACGAUGCCCACGGCAGCAGAGGUCAGCCAAAACUGUUUGCCAAAUCCAAGUAUGACUUUGUGGCCAGAAACAACACAGAGCUGUCAUUGAUAAAGGACGAGGCUGUGGAGGUAAGAAACGGUUAACCCAAACAUUUAACACGAAGGCUCACUGCAACACGUCAGUGUGAUAACCCCAGAAUAGUAAAGACUGUUGUUUCAGACCUGCAUC